AUGAAUAUGUCCAACAUCCCCUUGGCUGGGCCUGUCGGUGGUCCAUCACCAAUGAUGGCCAAUACGUUAGCCGCGCAACAGCAACAAGUCCAAAGCCAAGGGAACAAUCGGACGGUGCUUAAUACAUAUAUUUACGACUACUUUCUUCGAGAGGGCAUGUACGACUGCGCGCGUCAAAUGCUCAAGAGUGAGCAGACCCUCAAUGUCAUUAAGGAAGGCCCCAACCGCCGCCGUGACGAGAAUGGCAAUGUUCUGGGUAAUGGGGUGGGUGACGAUCCUAUGGACACCGAUAGUAAAGAUGACAUAGACUCGAAGCGACCUUCGGAUCUUCCCAUGCCGAACGUCCCAGCUGCCGCCGAAAAUAGCUUCCUAUACGAGUGGUUCUGUUUAUUCUGGGACAUGCUUUACGCUCAACGUAACAAGCCUGGCAUUAGUCCCCAAGUAAGCCAAUAUGUCAACCAUACUCAGCAACAAAAUCGCCAGCGACAAACAGAACAGCAAGCGAUACUACGAGGAAUGCGACAAGACAUCUACGGCCAAACCCGAAUGAUGGGAAUGCCGAAUGGGAUGCAGGUUAAUCCGAAGCAGCAACAAAACUUAGCUAGGACAGCCAUGGCCAAUAACCAGAACAACCCGCAAGGCAUGCACAUGCUACAGCAGGUAAAGCAGAACCAGAUGCAGCGCGAUGGUUCGAAUAUGGACGGUAAUCAAAACCGCCCAGGUUCUCCCGGCCAGGCCGAGAACGCGCCAUCACCGAGCAAGAGACCGCGUCUGGACUCAUCUGGACCCUUUAAUCCUCAGCAGGGAGGCAUGAUGCCUAAUGGACAACGACCGCAGAUGCCAGGACAACAAGUAGGCAACGGGCCCAGAAAUACUACUAUAGCUGGACAUAUGCUUUCAACAAACGGUAUUAACCCAGCUAAUCUGUCACCUGAACAGUUCCAAAAUUUCCAAUCGCAACCUCCGCAAACUCAGGCCAAGUCGAUCCAGACGUAUUCCCAGAACCUACAGCAACACCAUGGCCAGCAAAUAACUAACAAACAGAUGCCUAAUCCCGGUGGCCCGCAAGGCCAAUCGCCCAUGAUGCAAGGCGGUCCCAAUGACGUUGCGAUCAGUGCACUCUACAACCCAGACGGGAUGGGCGGUCCUGGAGUGGUGAGGCCCGGUGCACCAGGUGGUGCCCAAGGAGCAGGUGGUAGCAAUCAUGCUCUCCAGGACUAUCAGAUGCAACUAAUGCUGUUGGAGCAACAAAAUAAGAAACGUCUUAUGAUGGCUAGGCAAGAGCAAGAUAGCAUGGGCGGCAUGCCCCGACCGGACGGAGCUGGCCCCGGUGGCCCUGGUCCGAACGGACAGGCUUUCCAAGACCCGUCUGGUCAGGGGGCUCGCCCGGGGGCUUCACCUAACCCGGCAGAUCAAAUGAAGCGUAAUACUCCGCAGAUGAACCCCGCCACCAUUCCAUCGCCAUUGACGGAUGGCGCGCAAUCGAGAGGGUCGCCGAACCAAAUGAAUUUUGUGCAAAAUGGAAUGGACCCUAAUAUGCAGGGUCAUUUCUUCAAGAAUAUCAACGGGAUGGAUUCCAACAUGGUGGCUGCACAGAUGAACGGAGGCAUGCGACCUCCAAGUUCUCACCCCAACCAACCAUUUAACGGCCAAAUGAACCCUCAAAUGAUGAGACUGCAGCAGGGUGCCCAAGGUGGCCCCCCAAUGCAAUGGCAGCAGGGGCCGAAUGGAAACACGAUGGCGCCCCAAGGGCCCCAAGGACCUCAAGGUCAGGUUCAGGGCACACCGCAACAACGAUCUAUGCCGCCUCCGUCAGCUCCCCCGGUUAACAAUGGUGCUGCGGGCCGCUCAACGUCGUCGCCGCAGCAGAAUAAUGCGGCUCCGCCCACACCCCAGCAAUCCAACAAGGCCGCACCCAAGAAGAAGGAUACUAAAAACGCGAAGAACAAGGCUGCCGCUCAGAAGAAGGCAAACCAGGCCCCGGGUGCCACGCCUGCUUCAGAGGCCGCCCAAGAGCCAGAGCCGCCUACGCCUGUCACGCCCGUCAACACGACGAACUUCAACAAGAACGGACAGGUUGUGGCCGCUCAGCCAGCAGCUAAUGCAGCUGUAUCUGCUCCUCCACCUGCUCCUGCGCCGGUUGCUGCACCGCAAGCGCAUCCGGACCCGUCGCAAAUAAAUACGUUUAGCAUGGACAACAAUUCAAUAGACUUUGGCGCCAUGCCGUCCUUUGCGGACCCUAUGCAGACUGGCGAUGUACUUGACUUUGAUUUCGAUUCAUUCCUACAAGACGGCGAUGCUGACCCCGGAAACUUUGAUUUUGGUACUGGGCCAUUUGGGAUGGAAGGGGCUGGGGAGAUUGGGGCGGAGUAG